AUGAACCAAUAUAUUCAGGUAGCUGAGGAGGAAGGCGAGGAACCCAUGGAGGUUCCAAGCGAAGACGAUGGAACGCUACUCUUGACUACACUAGCUGCACAAUUUCCUGGUUCUUGUGGAUUGAAGUAUAGGAACCCUGAUACUGGCUCUAUGAGAGGUAUUCGCCUUUCAGACGGUCGACUUUAUCCUCCUGAUGGUACUUGGGCACGUAAUGUUUACAUAGCCGUCUUCCCUAAAGAUACAAGAAAAAAGACGGAAGAACUUCCUGAUGCAAGUAUGUCAUUAUUGAAUAGAAAGAAAGAGAAGGUUAAAUGUAGUGAUUUGAUUGUGUUGGGUUUACCAUGGAAGAGUACAGAAGAUGAUUUACGCAAAUAUUUUGUACAGUUUGGUGAUUUGCUAAUGGUGCAGGUUAAAAAAGAUAUUAAAACAGGACAUUCAAAGGGUUUUGGUUUUGUGAGGUUUGCAGAUUAUGAUGCACAAGUUCAGUGUAUAUCUCAGAGACAUAUGAUAGAUGGUAGAUGGUGUGAUGUGAGAAUUCCAAAUUCAAAAGAAGGAAACCAUAAUCUGAUGAAUCGUAAAGUAUUUGUUGGAAGAUGUACAGAUGAUAUGACUGCUGAAGAUUUACGGUCAUAUUUUAGUAAAUUUGGUGAGGUAGUAGAUGUUUUUAUACCAAAGCCAUUUAGAGCCUUUGCGUUUGUUACUUUUUCUGAUUCAGACACUGCUCAAACACUGUGUGGAGAAGAUCAUAUUAUCAAAGGAGCUAGUGUACAUAUUAGUAGUGCUGCACCUAAAAACAAUGAAAAA